AUGGAGGAGAGUGGUGGCGGACCCCGCCCAAGGGAACCGCUUCUGGAGGCGUCGGAGGAAGAGGUUGCAAAAGCUUCGUGGAGACUUAACUUAAAAGAGUUUCGUUUGCCAAGCCAAAUAGAUGAUCAUCAACACAAACCAUGCUUCACUUUUCAGAGUCUUCUUUGUAAACCAAGUGAGACCAUUCUUUCUUCGUGUGGGAAGACACGCAGAGUGGCAGAAUAUUACAAGAAGCAGGAGAGACUCCUUGAAGGAUUUACUGAGAUGGAGACUAUGACUGAAACGGGUGGUUUCCCUGGAGCUCUCUCUCAGGAUGAAAUGAAGCAACUAGCGAAGAGUGAGAGGAUGGCAGUUCAUGUAUCAAAUAUGUGUAACUUGGUGCUGUUUGCAGCAAAGGUUUACGCCUCAAUUGCUAGCAGAUCAUUAGCAGUCAUUGCCUCAACCAUGGAUUCUCUCUUGGAUCUCUUGUCAGGGUUCAUACUGUGGUUUACUGCUCAUGCCAUGAAAAACCCAAACCAAUAUCACUAUCCAAUUGGAAAGAAACGCAUGCAACCAGUGGGUAUCAUUGUCUUUGCAUCAGUGAUGGCUACCUUGGGGUUGCAGAUUUUGAUUGAAUCUGCCCGGGAACUUAUUUCCAAGUACUUCUUGUCACUCUGA